AUGUCUGUCCUCGCGCCGAUUAUCUGCGACAACGGGACAGGCUACUCCAAAGUCGGAUUUGCUGGAAACUCAGAUCCUUCGUUCGUGUUUCCAACAGCCAUAGCUACUAGGGGUUCCGCUUCCCAGUCAACGAAUGCGCCCGCCAUUCCUUCCAAGCCUGGACACCUUGCGUCCAAACGUGGGGUUGAAGAUCUCGACUUCUUCAUCGGUGAUGAAGCCCUGGCCAACGCGAAGACGCCCGGGUACGGCGUUCAUUAUCCGAUUCGCCAUGGAAUGAUCGACAAUUGGGACCACAUGGAGCGUUACUGGGAGCAGACCAUCUUCAAGUAUCUUCGCGCUGAGCCAGAGGACCAUUACUUUCUCCUGACCGAGCCCCCUCUCAACCCACCGGAAAAUCGAGAGCAGACGGCAGAAAUCUUCUUUGAGUCGUUCAACAUCAAAGGUCUCUAUAUCGCUGUCCAAGCUGUGCUUGCUCUUGCUGCAUCGUGGUCUUCCAACCGGGUCACUGAUCGUACGCUUACCGGCACUGUAAUUGACUCUGGAGACGGUGUGACGCACGUUAUUCCCUGCGCCGAAGGCUACGUUAUUGGGAGUGCAAUCAAACAUAUCCCCAUCGCUGGGCGCGACAUCUCCCAGUUCGUUUUGAAUCUCAUGCGCGAGCGCGGAGAAAUGGCUACCGUUCCUCCUGAAGACCAACUUCGUGUCGCGAGCAAAGUGAAAGAGAAUUACAGCUAUGUUUGCCAGGACAUCGUCAAGGAAUUCAGGAAAUACGAUGCAGAGCCUUACAAAUACUUUGAGAGGUACGAAAACGAGCACAGUGUAACAGGAAGAAAAUAUAGUGUCGAAGUUGGCUACGAGCGAUUCCUUGCUCCCGAAAUCUUUUUCAACCCCGAGAUUUUCUCCUCCGACUUCCUAACGCCUCUUCCCGAAAUUGUGGACGAGGUCAUCCAGCAAUCACCCAUAGAUGUCCGUCGUGGCUUAUAUAAGAAUAUUGUACUUUCCGGUGGCUCCACGAUGUUCCAGCACUUCGGGAACCGUCUUAAACGCGAUCUUAAGCAGCUCGUUGAUCGUCGACUGGAUGCAAGCGUGUUGGCUAGUGGAAACCUACAGAAGUCUUCUGGUGUCGAGGUUGAUGUCAUAUCGCACAAACGCCAAAGAUAUGCUGUCUGGUUUGGGGGGUCGCUACUCGCUUCCUUGCCUGAGUUUUAUACUUCGUGCCAUACCAAAGCGCAGUACGAUGAGAUCGGACCAAGCAUUUGCAGACGCUAUCAAAUAUUUGGAAGCGCGACCUAA